AUGGGAUCUGUGUCUUUGAAGAUCGGAGAUGGAACCGCCAGAUUCCGGCGAACAAGUAUAUGCUCCUCCGCCGUUAAUCUCCUUAUGCUUUUCUCCGUCGUCACCACUAACCUCUUCGCCUUAUACGCUUUCUCUUCUCAUUCACAAGCCAACUCGCCACUCAUCCAUCAGUCUCACAAUAUCUCACUCGUUUCUCAACAUCUCUCUCUUAUCCUCCGAGAGAUCGAUUCGUCGCAACGCAAGCUUGCGCAGAUGGAGAAACAGAUCCUUGGAUACGAAUCAAUCGAUAUCUCUAGACCAAACAUCGUCCCUGAGCUCAAACUAUUCCUCCAGCGUCAUCAGCUUCCGCUUGGCAAAGAUUCGCGUACCGGGAUCACUGAAAUGGUGUCGUCCGUUGGACAUUCGUGCGAAAAAUCUGCGGAUUUGCUCUCUUCGUAUAUGUCAUACAAAGUGUUCGAUAGAUGUCCCGAUGAUUGGAGUCUUGGCCAAAAGUUGAUUCUUCGUGCCUGCGAGCCGUUGCCGCGGAGGCGAUGUUUGGCUAAGACGGUGUAUAAGCAAGAUCUGAGUCGUGUUCCUGAUUCAUUAUGGAGAUCUGUUAGUAACAAGAGUGUUAACUGGAGUGGUCUUGGUUGCAAGAAUUUCGAUUGCUUGAAAGGUAAGAAACUUAGCCGGGAAUGCGUUGGUUGCUUUGAUUUGGGUUGUGAGAAAGAUAGGUUUGUGAAGGUUAAGGGGAAGAACGAUUUCUUGAUUGAUGAUGUGUUGGGUUUAGGAAACGGGAAAAUCCGGAUAGGGUUUGAUAUUAGUGGUGGAUCAGGGACUUUCGCAGCGAGAAUGGCUGAGAAGCACGUGACGAUAAUCACUAACACGUUGAACAAUGGUGCUCCGUUUAGUGAAUUCAUAGCUGCGAGAGGGCUUUUUCCCUUGUUCUUGAGUUUAGACCAUAGAUUACCUUUCCUUGACAAUGUGUUUGAUCUCAUCCAUGCUUCUAGCGGAUUAGAUGUCGAGGGUAAACCAGAGAAGCUAGAGUUCUUGAUGUUUGAUCUUGAUCGGGUUUUGAAACCCGGCGGGUUGUUUUGGUUGGAUAACUUCUACUGCGCUAGUGACGAAAAGAAGAAGGAACUUACUCGUCUGAUCGAGAGGUUUGGGUAUAAGAAGCUAAAAUGGGUUAUAGGAGAGAAAGCUGAUGCAGAAGUGCAUCUCUCGGCUGUUCUGCAAAAGCCAGUGAGAGGUUGA